AUGCCUCACAAUAACUUACAACCACAAUUAAAUACUGAAUGUUCAACGAUGAAAUCCGAUAAACGAACUGUUCGUAAACGGUUUUCAAAAUUUAUAUCUAAAGUGCUGUGGAGUUUCAAUCAAGCAGCACAAAUUCGUUCAUUAAACAAUGGUGAUUGUAUUACGGCAGUUGAUAAACAUACGUCAAGUUCGCAUGGUCAUCAGCAAACUAUGGCUGAUAUAAAAAAUUAUCCAAUGCCGUUUGGUUCACAGUAUCGAAGGCGUUCCUCUGUGCUUCGGCGUACUUCAACAUUAACGUCAAUUAAAGAAGAAAAUGAAAUUGAAGUUAUGCAUUGUACAUAA